CUAGAGCAGGUGAGACUUCACCCAUAUGUGAGGGAAAAUGAGGUGUGCGGACCCGUUAUUAAAGAGACGUUUAAUUUUCUGCACGACUCACAAAUUAUGGUGAACGACAGAGAAUUACGGACUCCGAAGAUUGCAUAUCCGCGAAUUCCUCAUGACAUUCUCUUUGUUAUUGGAGGGUGGACAGCGGGAAUUUUCACUGAUGGGAUUGAAACCUAUGACAUACUCGCAGAUCAAUGGAUUAAGAUGGAGGAGUGCAACACGAUCGGACCGCGAACUUACCAUGGCACGGCAGUAGUCGGUUUCAACAUUUACGUCAUCGGUGGUUAUGACGGGCGUUACUUCUUGAACUCAGUCCUCUGUUUCAACGCUUUUACAAAGACAUGGCGUGAGGUGACGCCCAUGAAUGCCCGCAGAAGCUACGUCAAUGUGGCAGUGCUCAUGGAUCUGGUGUACGCUGUUGGUGGCUAUGAUGGCUCUUGUCGACAUAAAACGGCUGAACGAUACAACUACAGGACGAACGAGUGGUCAAUGAUCGCUUCUAUGAACACUGAGCGAUCCGAUGCAAGUGUGGCUGUGCUCAAUGAUAUAAUCUACGUCGUUGGUGGAUUGAAUGGCCAAGAAUGUUUGGCCUCAGCAGAGGUGUAUGACCCACAGACGAAUCAAUGGACAAAAAAAUCCCCAAUGUUUUCCGGACGCAGUGGUCUUUCUUGCGUCGCCUUCCAGGGCAGUGUGUACGCCGUAGGAGGAUUUGUCAGAUUGAUACGCACUACGAGUAGUGGGGAGAGGUACAACCCUGAAACAGACACGUGGACCGAGAUCUCCGACAUGCCUAGUUCACGAAGCAACAUGGCGCUUCAAGUAAUUGACGACAUCUUCGCCAUAGGUGGUUUCAAUAGUGAAACCAGCAUUUGCCAAAUGGAGUGUUUCGACCACAGGAGAAAUGAAUGGUACGAGGUUGCAGACAUGAAUACACAUAGAACAGAGCUAUCGGCCUGUGUAGUCAAGGGACUUCCGAAUGCAAAAGACUACAUCUAUAAACACAGGGAUAUGUUGCUGGAGGAAGAACGGCAGAAAAUUUUGAAAAAAAUUGGAUCCCUGAAAGUUUAAGGGAACCAAGAAGAGCAACAGUAAAACUAAGAUCUCGACGAAAGUAACCCCGGGAUGAGACAAAAAUAACCUUUUUGAAGAUGUCAAUUUUGAAGAAGAAAUCAAGGUUCAACAUGACGGUGUGAUAGGACAUCAGCAGAGUGGUAAAGAAGACGGCAAAUGAAAAAUAAAGUAUUUUAUGAAUUUAAGAAGGAAGUGUUACUCCUCAGUAUGUUAUG